ACGCUUGGCAACAGCUCGUACCCAGGGGCCCUGUGUGUCUGGUACAUACCUACUAAGUCUAGCUUCUCGCAGCUGAUCACAGUUAGCCGGUCGGUCUUGGUGCUACGUAUACCAACAACCAAUUUUGUUGUCUUCGACUGCGUUUGACAGAAUGUCUGUGCCUGGCCAAGCUACAGUUCUGUCAGGAAAAGAGGUGGCUCAAGAUGUUCGUGACAAGCUGAGAGAACAGGUUUCUGCUCUGAAGCAAGAGUUUCCUGGAUAUGCACCAGGGCUGGCUAUUGUCCAGGUUGGUGGACGUGAAGAUAGCAAUGUAUAUAUACGGAUGAAAAUAAAGGCAGCCGAGGAAAUUGGAAUCAAGGCUCAGCAUAUCAAAUUCCCUCGAACAAUUACUCAGUCACAGCUUAUCCAAGAAGUGAAAAAGUUGAAUGAUGAUCCCAAAAUCCAUGGAAUGAUUGUUCAGAUGCCUUUGGACUCUGACAACAAGAUUGAUUCAGAUCUUGUUCUUGACACUGUUUCACCAGAUAAAGAUGUCGAUGGCCUUACCACAGCAAGUGCUGGGCGACUGUCCCAUGGAAUGCUGGGUGGAGGUUUUCUCCCAUGUACUCCCAAUGGUUGUAUGGAACUUAUCCGCAGAUCUGGUGCCAAGAUCCAGGGUGCAAAAGCUGUUGUCGUAGGUCGUAGUAAAAUUGUCGGCACACCAAUGGCAGAGUUAUUGAAGUGGCAUCAUGCUACAGUGACGACUUGUCACUCUCGCACAGCAGAUUUGGAAGGAACAGUGCGUUCAGCUGACAUCUUGGUAGUUGGUAUUGGAAGUCCAGAAUUCGUCAAAGGCUCUUGGGUAAAGCCUGGGGCUGUGGUCAUUGAUUGUGGCAUUAAUUCCGUUCCAGAUGCCACAAAGAAAUCAGGAUCACGUCUAGUUGGUGAUGUGGAAUAUGCUGAAGCAGCAAAGGUUGCCUCGGUAAUCACUCCUGUUCCUGGUGGUGUAGGACCUAUGACCGUGGCCAUGUUGAUGCAAAAUACUGUAAUAUCAGCACAGAAAGCUGCUGCUCACAUGCGUGUUUCAGAUUGGAAUAUAAGAUACUUGUCUUUAGACGUGUUGGAGAAUGUUCCAAGUGACAUAGAAGUUGCCCGUGCCCAGACCCCAAAAGAUGUUGCUGAGCUUGCUGAUGAAAUUGGAUUGUUGGGUUCAGAAGUUGAUCUGUAUGGCAAGAAGAAGGCAAAAGUGUCAUUGUCUGUUUUAGACAGACUUGCUUGCCAGAAGGAUGGUAAAUACGUUGUUGUUGCAGGAAUAACUCCCACCCCACUUGGUGAAGGCAAGAGCACUACGACAAUUGGUCUGACCCAGGCACUUGGCGCCCACCUUAAGAAAAACACCUUUGCUUGUGUUCGUCAGCCAUCUCAGGGCCCUACAUUUGGAAUAAAAGGUGGUGCAGCUGGUGGAGGAUAUUCUCAAGUGAUUCCAAUGGACGAGUUCAACCUUCAUCUGACAGGAGAUAUUCAUGCAAUAACUGCAGCAAAUAACCUUUUGGCAGCUCAGAUUGAUGCACGAAUGUUUCAUGAAGCUACACAGAGUGACCAGGCUCUAUAUGGAAGACUAGUCCCUAGUGUCAAGGGUAAACGACAGUUCUCACAGAUUCAGAUUAAUCGCCUGAAAAAACUAGGUAUUGUUGAAACUGACCCUGACAAGCUGACAGAAGAAGAGGUCAAGAAAUUUGUCCGUCUAAACAUUGAUCCUGAAACUAUCACCUGGCAAAGAGUUAUGGAUACAAACGACCGAUUCUUGAGGAAGAUAACUGUUGGACAGAGCCCAACAGAAAAGGGCCACACUCGUGAGUGCCAGUUUGACAUUAGUGUUGCAAGUGAAAUCAUGGCCGUCCUUGCAUUAACAACUUCACUGGCAGACAUGAGGGAAAAAUUGGGUAGAAUGGUGGUAGCAUCAGAUACCUCUGGUAACCCAGUGACAGCUGAAGAUCUUGGAGCAAGUGGAGCUUUGACAGUCCUAAUGAAAGAUGCCAUUCGCCCCAAUCUUAUGCAGACUUUAGAGGGAACUCCAGUAUUUGUACAUGCUGGUCCAUUUGCAAACAUAGCACAUGGAAAUUCAUCUAUCCUUGCUGAUAAAAUAGCCCUAAAGCUGGUUGGUGAAAGUGGUUUUGUUGUUACUGAGGCAGGAUUUGGUGCUGACAUAGGUAUGGAGAAAUUCUUCAAUAUCAAGUGUCGUUAUUCUGGUCUUGUGCCAAAUGCAGUUGUUCUAGUGGCCACUGUAAGGGCCCUUAAGAUGCAUGGUGGGGGCCCCACUGUUACUCCUGGAGUUCCACUACCUACUGCAUAUACAGAGGAAAACUUGGAUCUUGUAGAAAAAGGUUUUAGUAACCUUGGGAAGCAGAUAGAGAAUGGUCGCUUGUUUGGCGUGCCUGUUGUGGUGGCUAUAAAUGCGUUUUCAACUGAUACCCAGUCUGAGCUGGAGCUAAUUAAGAAGUUGGCCUUGGGAGCUGGAGCCAUGGAUGCCGUAAUCUGCAAUCACUGGGCCAAGGGUGGACCUGGUGCUAUUGGUUUGGCACAGAGGCCAGUAGUUAAGGCUUCAAAUCAGCCUGCUCAAUUUAAGUUCUUGUAUGACUUGAAAUUACCUAUUGAGGACAAAAUAAGGACCAUUGCCCAAAAGAUAUAUGGAGCAGAUGAUGUGGAAAUUCAACCAUCAGCCCAGGAACAAAUAAAUCGUUAUAGAAAGCAGGGAUUCAAUGACCUCCCUAUAUGCAUGGCAAAGACCCACCUGUCUUUGACAUCUGACCCGUCCAUCAAAGGUGCCCCUAAGAAUUUCAAAAUACCAGUUCGAGAUGUGAGAGCAUCAGUAGGAGCAGGAUUUCUUUAUCCCCUGGUUGGAACCAACGAGAAUGGGCAAGUCCCACGUCCGCCUCCUCUUGCUCGCGGCCUUCACAUGUUACGCCGCCUCGUACCCAAGUAGGGUUGGGGGAAGUUAUCAGAUGACCACGAUGCCUGGUUUACCAACUCGGCCUUGCAUAUAUGACAUAGACCUCAACCUAGAAACUGAAGAAGUUCAGGGUCUCUUCUGAGCAAACAAUGACAUCAGAGUACAAGGGGUUUAUGUAAAAACUGCUGAUCUUCAUGUUAUCCUAAUAGCUUAAGUUAAAAGGUGAAAGCCCCCCCUUUUUUUUUGUUGAGUACAUCCUAAUGUAGAAUGUAGUUUGUAGAAUUUGUUGGGCAUUUGAAAUUUUAUUUUACACACUGUGCAGUAUAUGUAUGGUAGAUAAAAAACCUUAAAAGUAUAAUCUUAGGAUUUUCUAACAUUUUGCUUGUGAUAUUGUGAUAACUAAAAUAACCAUUGCUCAAUAUCAACAGAAUAUUUUUAUAGUGGUGACAAUAUUUUUGUAAUUGUUGAUGAAUUAAAUUGUAUACAAUU